CCCUGAGAGCAGCCGGAAGGAGCUGAGGGGCAGAAUGGUCCACGCCGAAGCCUUCUCGCGCCCCCUGAGCCGGAACGAAGUGGUGGGCUUGAUUUUCAGGUUGACCAUCUUUGGUGCUGUGACCUAUUUUACCAUCAAGUGGAUGGUGGAUGCCAUUGAUCCCACCAGAAAGCAAAAAGUAGAAGCUCAGAAGCAGGCUGAAAAACUGAUGAAGCAAAUUGGGGUGAAAAAUGUCAAGCUGACGGAGUACGAAAUGAGCAUUGCUGCACACCUGGUAGACCCUCUCAGCAUGCAUGUGACCUGGAGUGAUAUUGCAGGCUUGGAUGAUGUCAUUACAGACUUGAAAGACACUGUCAUUUUGCCCAUCAAGAAGAAAUACUUGUUUGAGAAUUCCAGGCUCUUACAGCCACCAAAAGGGGUCCUUCUCUACGGCCCUCCGGGCUGCGGCAAGACCUUGAUCGCCAAGGCGACGGCCAAGGAAGCAGGGUGUCGCUUCAUCAACCUCCAGCCCUCCACCCUCACUGACAAGUGGUAUGGGGAGUCCCAGAAGCUGGCUGCUGCUGUCUUCUCCCUUGCUAUCAAACUCCAGCCAUCCAUCAUCUUCAUUGAUGAAAUAGAUUCCUUCUUGAGAAAUCGAUCGAGUUCUGACCAUGAAGCUACAGCAAUGAUGAAAGCUCAGUUCAUGAGCCUGUGGGAUGGACUGGACACAGAUUACAACUGCCAGGUGAUAGUGAUGGGAGCCACCAACCGUCCCCAGGACCUGGACUCUGCCAUCAUGAGGAGGAUGCCAACUCGCUUCCACAUCAACCAACCUGCUCUGAAACAGAGAGAAGCCAUCCUGAAGCUGAUCUUGAAGAAUGAAAAUGUGGACAGGCAUGUGGACCUGCUGGAGGUGGCCAAGGAGACCGAUGGCUUCUCAGGCAGUGACCUGAAGGAGAUGUGCCGGGAUGCGGCGCUGCUCUGCGUCAGGGAGUAUGUCAACUCUGCCUGUGAGGAGGAGAGCCAGGAGGAGGAUGAGAUCCGGCCAGUGCAGCAGCAGGACCUGCAGAGGGCGGUGGAGAAGAUGAGGAGGUCGAAGGACGCCACGCUGCAGAACGUCCUGAUGCACGUCAGCCUGGAUUAGGCAGGAGCCAGGAGCACCUCCCUGCUGGGCUCAGAUCUGGGAUUGGUUUGGGUUGUUUUCUUCUUGUUUUUU